AUGCUUGCAGGAUGGCUUCUAUUGUCGCGCCUUUUGCUUUGCAGUGGUGUGGAUGAAUGGCACUGCCCAAAUUCAGCAGCACUGUUGGCAAGCCCAGGUGUGCCUGGAGGUGAGCAGAAGCAUUGGUCCAGGUUUGCGUCAGAGACGCUAGCAGCAACUCGCCAACUGCCCGAGAAGGUGUUCCAUAUCAAGAACUUCUCUCAACUUCGCUUCAGGUUUCCCAAGAGCACGCGUGGCGAGCACUACCUGGAGUGGCAGACCAUAGUGCAGAGUCUGAAUGGCACAGAUCUGCUGCCCGAGCCUUUCUACCUGCCUUUUGUGAAACCAGGGAAGCUUUGCGAUCUGGAGAUUUCCACGCCGCUCUUCGUGUACCGGGGCUUUUCCCCAGAGGCCUUUCAGUUCGGUCACAUCCUGCACGACGUACUGCCCAUGAUCGUUUGGGUGGCCACCAGGUACCCAGGUGUCCAGAUUGCCAUUCUGCGCGAUGUUAAGGGCACGUUGGAGUCGUUUCUGCAGUGGCUUGAUGCCGACUUGGCGCAGAUGGUAACUCUCGUUCCUUCCGGCGCGGCCGUGUGUGCCAUGAACGACGUUCUGAUGAUGAUCCCGGGUGAGGAAGUCCUGCGGCCCGAACAGCUUCGGAUACCGGCGUUGAUGACCAGCUUGCGCGGCUUUGUGUUUCAGCGUAAGCAGCUGCAGCAAGUGGACAAGGUCAUUUACUACCAGCGGAUUCGUGGAGCAACAAGUCAUGGGCGACUCUUCAGCGAAGCUGAUUCAAUGCAACUCGUGAACCUUGCCAGGGGCGCAUUGCGCGCACAGAACAAGUCUGACCAAAUCGUUGUGUUCAAUGGCACCCAGAAUGGUGUCCCCAUGACGUUCGAGGAACAGUAUAGGCUGUUUAGCUCUGCAUAUUUGGCCUUCGGGCCACAUGGGACUGGCUUAAGCAAUGUGCUGUGGAUGCAAGCGACGGACUGCUUGUCCCGUCCAGCUGUGAUUGAGUUCAUGUGUUCCUUGGAUACCUCGAAGAUGCGCGGGUGCUUCGUACAGGUGGGAAAGCGAAAGCUGCCGCGGCCAAUGACCUACUGGCGCUUGCACGGUGGAGCGCCCUGGGUCCGGUACUUCAUCGUAUGGCUCCUUCGGCAUAAGGAAGACGCGCACUUGGUCCGAGUGGACUUGCCCGGCUUCGAGAUGGCGCUGGCUCAAGCUUUGCAGCCAGGGGAUGACAUGAUCUAA